AUGGAGUUGUACCGCACACCAGCCAGCGCCCUAGACAAGCUGGUGGCCCACAACCUGCAGCCCUCUCCUGAAUUCGUAGCAGCCGCAAGACAAGCCCUGGGUUCCUUGGACACGGCCCUGCGGGAGCACGGAGCACGAGGCUCCAGGUUACUGGGUCCUCGGGUGCUGAGGACCGCCAAGGGAGGUUCCUAUGGCCGGGGCACAGCUCUCCGGGGUAGCUGUGAUGCUGAACUUGUCAUCUUCCUUGACUGCUUUAAGAGCUACGAGGACCAGAGGGCCCACAGCACAAAGAUCCUCAAAGACAUGCAGCCACUGCUGGAGUCCUGGGGCCGAGACCUAGGGCCUGGCCUGAGCCUUCAGUUCCCCGAACAAAGCACAUCCAAGCAGUUCCGACUGACAUCCAAAGACCUGGGAAGCUGGAUGGAUGUUAGCCUGGUGCCUGCCUUUGAUGUCCUGGGACAUCUCAGCUCUGGAGUCAAGCCCAAACCCCUGGUCUACACUUCCCUCCUCAGCAGCGGCUGCCAGGAGGGUGAGAACACUGCCUGCUUUGCAGAGCUGCGAAGGAACUUUGUGAAUACUCGCCCAGUCAAGCUCAAGAACCUAAUCCUGCUGGUUAAGCACUGGUACCUCCAGGUGCAAGCACAAGAGGCCAGGAGGGAUGCACUGCCCCCGGGAUAUGCCCUGGAGCUGGUCACCAUUUUCGCCUGGGAGCAGGGCUGCAGGAAGCACACAUUCAGCAUGGCCCAAGGCCUCCGGACCGUCCUGGCCCUGAUCCAACAAUACCAGCACCUGUGCAUUUUCUGGACUGAAAACUAUGGUUUUGAGGACCCUACAGUUGGGAAGUUCUUGCGGAUGCAGCUUGAGAGACCCAGGCCUGUGAUCCUGGACCCAGCUGAUCCCACUUGGGAUGUUGGCCACGGGAAGACCUGGCACUGGGAUGUGCUGGCCCAGGCGGCCGAGUACUGCCGUGACCAACUGUGCUUCCUGGACGCAGCUGGGGUCCCUGUGCAGCCCUGGGAGGGAUCAGGCCUUCCAUGCGCUGGGCUCUCAGGUCUGGGCCACCCCAUCCAGCGAAGCCCUAACCAGGGGGCCCAUGAACACAGCAAGAGCCACAGUACUGGGCAGCCAAGGGCAAGGAACAUGCAGCCCUCAAACCCGGCUCCAGGCCUCCCGAAAGCAGUCGACAAGGGCUCCAAUAUAUCAAACGUAACAGCCUGUAAAGCCAGCAAGAGCCUCAAAAAAGUCACGUGUCCUAAGAUUGUUCUUGAUACAACGCUGAAUAUGUCAAGUCACCUACUGAGCACUGAAAACACACAGUCCUCCCACCUACCUCCCGGCCCCUUGGCCACAGCCAACAUCAUGGGUCCCAGGCCAGGGAUGGGCCCAGGUCUGUCUCAGAUCUCCAGCAGGGAGCUGGACCGCUUCAUCCAGGACCACCUGAAGCCAAGUCCCCAGUUCCAGGAGCAGGUGAGAAGGGCCCUCGACAGCAUCCUGCGUUGCCUCCGGGAGAAGUGUGUGCACAGGACCUCCAGGGUCAGCAAGGGCGGCUCUUUCGGCCGUGGCACAGACCUGAAGGGUAGCUCCGAUGCAGAACUUAUCAUCUUCCUCAAGGACUUCCAGGACUUCAAGGACCAGGGUCCCCUCCGAGUGGAGAUCCUGCAUGACAUGCAAACCCAGCUGCAGGCCUGGUGGCAGGACCCAGGGUCUGGCCUGAGCCUCCAGUUUCCUGAGCAGAACCAGCCCAGCGUUCUGCAGCUCCAGCUGGUGUCCACGGUCCUAGACAGCUGGAUGGACAUCAGUCUGCUGCCAGCCUUUGAUGCCGUGGGGAAGCUGAGUUCUGGUGCCAAACCUCAGCCCCAGGUUUAUGCCUCCCUCCUCAGCAGUGGCUGCCAGGAGGGCGAGCAUGCCGCCUGCUUCUCGGAGCUGCGCAGAGACUUUGUGAACACUCGCCCAGCCAAGCUCAAAAACCUGAUCCUGCUGGUCAAGCACUGGUACCAACAGGUUGCCACUGGAUGUAAAGCACCAUCAGGUUCCGCCCUGCCCCCAGCCUAUGCCCUGGAGCUCCUGACCAUCUUCGCCUGGGAGCAGGGCUGCAGAAAGGAGCAGUUUCCCAUGGCUGAAGGCCUGAAGACUGUCCUGGGGCUGGUCCAGCAGCACCAGAAGCUCUGUGUGUACUGGACGGUCAACUACAGCCCAGAGGACCCAGCCCUCAGAGCACACCUUCUGGGACAACUUCGGAAAGCCAGCCCUCUAGUCCUGGACCCCGCCGACCCCACCUGGAACGUGGGUCAAGGCAGCUGGGAGCUAUUAGCCAAGGAAGCCAAAGCCCUGGAGUCUCAGACCUGCCUUCUGAGUGGAGACGGAACACCUGUGCCAUCCUGGGAUGUGAUGCCAGCCCUCCUUCACCAGACCCCGGCUGGGGACCUGGAUAAGUUCAUCAGUGAAUUCCUCCAGCCCAACCGCCAGUUCCUAGACCAGGUGAAGAAAGCCGUGGAUGUUAUCUGCUCGUUCCUCAAGGAGAACUGCUUCCGGAACUCUCCCAUCAAAGUGCUCAAGGUGGUCAAGGGCGGCUCUUCGGCCAAAGGCACGGCUCUUCGAGGACGCUCGGAUGCUGACCUGGUAGUGUUCCUCAGCUGCUUCCGCCAGUUCACAGACCAGGGGAACAGGAGGGCUGAGAUCAUCUCAGAGAUCCAGGCUCAGCUGGAGGCAUGUCAGCAGGAAAAGAGAUUUGAAGUCAAGUUUGAGAUUUCCAAGAGGAAGAACCCCCGCGUGCUGAGCUUCUCUCUGACGUCACGGACCAUGCUGGACCACAGUGUGGACUUUGAUGUGCUGCCAGCCUUUGACGCCCUCGGCCAGCUGGGGUCCGGCUCCAGGCCCAACCCCCGCGUCUAUGUGGACCUCAUCCACAGCUACAGCAAUGCGGGUGAGUAUUCCACCUGCUUCACGGAGCUCCAGCGGGACUUCAUCAUCUCCCGCCCCACCAAGCUCAAAAGCCUGAUCCGACUGGUGAAGCACUGGCCAGCAGGUAUGGCACAGGGGCAGUGCAACAAGAUGCCUGGGGGAAGGGGCUCACUGCCCCCCCAGCACGGACUGGAGCUCUUGACUGUGUAUGCCUGGGAGCAGGGCAGCCAGGACCUCCAGUUCAACAUGGCCACAGGCUUCCGCACUGUUCUCGAGCUGGUCACCCAGUACCAUCAGCUCUGUAUCUAUUGGACCGUCAACUACAGCACGGAGGACGAGACCAUACGAGACUUCCUAAAACUACAGCUUCAGAAGCCCAAACCCAUCAUCCUGGACCCAGCUGACCCGACAGGCAACCUGGGCCACAACGCCCGCUGGGAUCUGCUGGCCAAGGAGGCCACAGCCUAUAUGUCUGCUCUUUGCUGCACAGACUGGGAUGGCACCCCCAUCCAGCCAUGGCCAGUGCAGGCUGCUCUGUGAAGUCCAAAAAAAUCAGUCACACUGGGUGACAGAAAGUGACACCAGCCCUCAGCAGGGGAGACUCAGGGGCCCAGUCAGAUACACCUGUG